CCAUCGAGUGCGUCAACUUGAUUUUCCACCAGCCGGACGAGCUGUCCACACUCAUCCAGGAACGUCGCCUAGCCCAUCGGCUCAGUCUUUUCAUCUUCUACUGGGGCGCCAAGCAGCCGCCCUCUGGGAUGCGUGUUCGCUUCGAGGAGCCAAUGCGUGCGGUGGUCAUCACACGACCCCGGCCCAAGGCAUUUCGCAUCUACUACAACCAGGCAGCACCAACCGGGACGAGUCAGCUGCGUCUGGUCAACUGGUACGAUAGCGACAACCUGGGAUUGCAGCGAACUCCUCUUCUGCCCAGCGCCGCCUCGGUUUAUUCCAAUUUCGAGGGGCGCGUCUUUCGAGUACCCGUUUUUCAUGUGAGUAAACGAAUGAGUAGUUGAGGUUCUAAGAAAUUGAAAGAAAUAUG